AUGUCAUCGAUCAAGCAGGUACAAGACCUCGAGAAGCAGCUGGAACGCCUGAGACGAGAAAAUGGCAGCAUGAGGCGGAUGCUUCAGGAGAGAGAUGGUGCGAUGGACGUUGAUCCGGAUGGUCUUGAGGAACUCCCCCUACAACUCCCCGAGAUUGGUACCGAACCGAAGCGGAGGAAACGACCUGCCCCGAUGCAUGACCUGGCGAGAGCGAGGUCCAACAUGCGCAUCUUCUCUCGCGGAAUCUGGAAGCCUCCGGCGCAGUAUCGUCAAGCGCCGACGACACCUUUGUUUGAUCCGCAGAGGCCUGAAUUGCCCCCGAGGCAGACGACUGACCAGCUGCUGCACGCCUACUAUGGCUCAGCCCAUACCAUGUUUCCCAUCCUACACUGGCCAACCUUUCAAACUGGAGUCGACGAUCUCUACAGGAUGGGAAACACGAAAUCGGUACAGCCGGCGUGGCUCUCCACGUUUUUCUCUGCGUUGGCACUAGGAAGUCUCUUCAGCUCGGACCCCCAUUCACACCGGGCCUAUCGAGCCGCGGAGCUCCUCGAAGUCGCCCGGGGCAUGAUCGACCCCUGGAAUAACGACUACGUUCUCGACAAUGUACGGGCCUUGGUGCUUGUAAUUCUGUGCUUGAACGAAAUGAACCAAAAGUCUGCCGCCUGGACGUGGCUAGGCACCGCAGUGCGAGCUGGUCAGGAUCUCGGCCUCUACUCAGAAUCCGGACCGUGGCCAGUCAUCGAAGGCGAGAUGCGCCGACGAGUUUGGUGGACGAUAUACAUCCUGGACCGUAGCUUAGCGCUCGAUCUUGGCCGCCCUGUCCUGAUUGACGAUUCGGACUGCGAUGUUUCCCUUCCCGCUGGCGUUGACGAUCACUACAUCCACGAAGGCGGUAUUAUGGUGCCACCGGGCCGAGAACCCCUCAACCAUUCGCUCCUAGCUCUGAUCAACGUUAUCAGAUCGUACUCGUCCCUGAUCAAGACAUUGGCGGCCCCAGCUGUGGCCCCGACCAGACUCGCAACGUUCGAUCAGCACUUUGUGUCGUGCCUUCGAGCCUUCCCACCCGUUUGCGACACUUCAAGCACAGGGCAGAUCUCUCCUCACCUCCUGACACCCUUCACCUACCUGCUCCACGCUCGUCUCGUGUUGCACCGCCACAACCUCGCUCCGACCUGCCCUCCCGACGUUCGCCUCGCUGCUAUGGAGCAGUGCACUCACACAGCUCUUGAAACAGCUUCCCUCCUCUCGCGCGCUACCCCGAACCUUGCGGAUGGUGCAACAGCACUUCUCACCACGCACACGUUCCGAUGUGCGCUCUUCCUCUUGCUGGCGGGGUACUGGGACCACGCAACGACAUGCCUGCGCGCUCUCGCCUCCAUCGACGCAAGGCGCGACGUCGCGAUUCCCUGUGGAAGAUUCCUCGCCUUCUUCGUCUCAGCACUUGGCACCAAGCGCAGCGAGUAUGCCUCCUUCGUUGCUCGCACGACGCCGCCGAAGCCCUUCGCCCCGCCCCCUCCGCCUCAGGGCCGACCUGGCCCUACCCCUCUGCAAGAGGCCCUUCUCCACGACGAAGAGCUCCUGGCGUAUGUCAGCGCUGACUUGCAGGCCGCACCGGACGCUGCUUGGAUCUGGGCUGGCGGGGAGCGCGAAGCCAUCCUUUCUCCCACAUCGCCGGGGUCCAUCACUGCCUCCGGCGGUGCCAGCAGUGGUCUGUUCAGUGCGGAGCAACGUACCGGCCUGAGCGACGAAGAGAUGAAGGAAUGGGGUGGAUGGGAACGUCUUGAGGCAGCCAUCCGCGGGCUGGCCUCCGGUAAUACGACGCCCACCCCAACUUCCGCAACUUGGUCUUCGGCGUUGCCCGCGGGAAUCAAGUCGGAGGGCACGCCUGCCCCUGCACUGCCGAGCAUCAUACCCGCCAGCGAGGGAAGCAGCAGCAAUAGCCCGACGGCGAGCGCAAAGGGUCGGCCGCAGGACAGGCUGAGCAUCGCGAACAUCAUCUAG